AUGGGCGAAUUAUCAUAUGACACUAUGACUGGAAUAAGUGGCUCUUUAGCCCUAAAACACCACAAAAGUGCACUGCUAGGAGGGGAAAACCCUCAUAGAACAGCCCCUGCCGCCGCUUAUGAUACAUCUUCUUCUCUGCCUCCGACCUGCUUCCUACUGCCUCGACCACAAACACCAGAGUUCCACCUCGACUACACAACACCAGAGCUCUCCACGGAUCCGUUGGCUGAAAACUUUGAAAUAAUGUCCUACAUCGUCAUGCCCGAAGAUCUCCUUCCUGGAGGCGAUUCACUGGAACCGUCACCUCCUCGUGAGGGUUGGAAAUCACCAAAACCGGCAAAAGGUUACCCCCCAAUCGCUCUCCCACCACAGGUGGUCCCGGCGCCAUAUAUACCUAGUGCGCCACGCGAUAUCCCCGUCCUAAAUACCCCAAGUAUGCCCUCUAACUUUGCAUACGAUGUAAGAUGCUAAUUCCUUAAUAGUGCCGUCACGUAAGAAGGGUAAGAAAUGGCUUGCCUUACCUCUUGCGGACCCCGAUCGGACAGCUGUUAGGGACUAUCAUGAGGUCCCGUACUCUGCGGAGCAGCCGAAGGAGAGGGAAAAGAAGGAGGAUGAAAAGAGUGCUAGCGGAGGACCCAGAACCGGGGGACAGGCUUUGGAGCCAUCUAUCCGUAAGAACAUGAACAGUCGAAGAGUAUCUGCUCCGGUGACCAUCAGGAACCCUGCGGAUAUGUCCGAGGUUGAAUUGGCAAAGAUUGUACGACCCUCUAUGGCCAAGCGCUAUUCUACCCUAAAGACAAAGAAGGCAGAAGAAACGAAGGCGAGGCAAAUGGAGGGGAAGAAAAAAGCUAAGAAUGCUUCGCAGUCUCCGAUUGCGCCUUUGCUGGAGGGCACUGUCCCUGAUGAGGAGUAUUUCACCACACUGCCUUUGGCUUUGGACAGGGCUUGGGGCCUUCGUGAGGCACGCGAGAAAGCUGUUAAUGGUACUGGGGUUGAGGGCUCGGAUGGGAAUUGCUUUAGUGGGGACUCUAGUGUUUGGGGGGCUCAUGUUUCUACUUCCGCUGUCCCCCCUACCAUCAGGAAGAACGACAACUACAUCACUGAACAAGAACUCUUUUUCUAUAAUCGUGAGUCUUCUCUAAUAUUUUUAGAUUGUUUUUAUUUUUAUUUUUAGAUUUUAAUUUAUCUAUUCCGGAGGAAUCUAUUACUCACGAGAGAUAGAAAACGCGAUGCCUAUUUCCAAUGGAUAUGACUCUAUUCGCGGUCCCCAGGGUGAGCCUGUCGAUGGGAGAAUGUUAGCAGGUAAGUUUUUCUUUAUUCUCCUGGGCAACUAUUACUGACAACAACAAUAGCUUAUCUCGAGGAUCGUCGUGGCCGUCACGCGGAUCCGGCGAAUGUACGAUUCCCCAUUCCCUCCCCACUACUUUUACUACUCUGGAUAGCAGAUGGUCAGUACUAACUCGUGCUAUCCCAGCCCAUCCAGUCCAUUACACAUCGUCUUACAGUCCUCGAGGAUGCUUUCCGUAAGCUGAUCUCCUCUACCAACGUCGAUACACAGCUUCGCGAGGACCUCCAAAACGUCACUAGGGACUUCCAGAACAAGGCGCUGGCUGAAAUGACCCUUCUCGGAGCAAACCUUCAAACUCUUCAAAACACUGUGGCCAGCAUCAUUCGCCGUCAAGAUACCGUCGAGAGCGCUAUUGUUAGUCGCAUGCAGAAGUUCGAAGAGGAGCUUCUCGAGGAUAUGGCUGUAUCCGGGCGAAUUCUUGGCCAGUUCCGUGAGCUUAAGAACGAUACCAACGAUCGCUUGGGUGAGCUAAGGCAGUUGCGCGACGAUGUCGACACCCUUAAGGCAGAGUCUGUCCAGUGCAGGUUUAGAACCGAGCACCUUUGGAAUAAUAGAGUCUACAGGGGGAAUGUCCAGAAUGACGGUGCUACGGAUAAAUCUGGUUAGAAAAAAUGAUCUUUGGGAAAUGCUAUAAGUAGAGGUGGCUUAUAGGGGAUGUUUCUGAGAUUUAUUUCUGUUCUCUGAUAUUACAACUUAAUAACUUCGACCGUUGAUAUUCAAAUGGAAAAUCUGUUGGGUCUAACUUGCCUACUUUCCUCGUGCGGGGUUUGGUGUGAUUUCUUUUUAGGAAGUGAGAUAUUAGUUCCAUUGGCACUGCGGCCUGAUUUACUUUGUCCUUGACUUUACCCCGCUUCCGAAUAUUUUAUGAUUGAGCAUGUUAACACAUCACAUGCGGUUUUAGUAUAGGCGUUUAAAAUCCAACAGGUGUCGUAGCUCAGGAACCCACUCUUGCCGUUUAUAACUUCAACCCUUAGAGAACCUAACCCAUGGCGCAAAUUUCCCAUAGUAUGCCACCUUUGUAUAGUACCGUUUAUCUCCAGAAUCCGUCUUUCACACUCAGGCCGAGAAUCAGAUAUAAAAGAAACAGAUAUAGAAUAAUCUUUUGAGGUCAGUCUGAUGUUUCCCAGAUCGCAUCUCUAAUACCCUCAGCUGUGCAGGCGCAAACAUUUCCUUCAAAAGGCCCACCCUGAACUAUGAAUAGCCCCUCCAUUGAAUCAUCUAUGGACCGACACAUUGGGUGGCGGUAGAGGGUGCUCGGGUGGUUGUAUAGCCAGUCCACCUUUAGUUCCUCUUCGAAUUUACUGCUGGGAUAAUGGUGGAAACAUUUUACUUGGGGGGAAGAGCGGCCUCGUUCUGCUGAUAUUAGUUAUGGCAGCCCUGAGGUUUGGUCUAGUUUAGUGGAGAUAUUUUGCCGCCUUCUCUGAAUAUUUGGGGUAAGUAUGAGCUUGAUAGGGCCGUGAUGCUUUUCAUUGAAUUUUGUCCAGGAGUAGCGGAGCGAGCGGCGGUGGCCAGGGGAGGUAUAGUGGAUUGAAUGGGCCGAAGAUAGGCUUCGGGUGGUUUUUGCCCACUAAUUUUAAAUGAUAAGGACUUGAGAAUAAGUUGUGAUACUAAUUAUUUUUAUGUCUUUUUUCUCUCCAGAGGCCCCAAGUUAGGUGGUUCUCAACAACGGCCCUGUGAAAUGUUUGGAUCCUUCUGGGGUUGCUAGAUUCUGGCUAAAAUACACUGUCUUUAUUUUUUUUUUAUAGAAUUUGGUGGAGUGUUCGAGGGAGGCCUCUCCUCGAGGUGAUUUUAUACACUGGGGUUUAUCUGCACAAUUUAGAGGGGAAAUAAUAAUAAUAUUCUGUAAUGCAUUGCCUGAAAUUCCCCGGUAUAGAGUGGCUUGGGUACAUGGGGGUAGAAAAUUAUAAAUAGACACUUGAGGCAAGCACUUCUCAGGUUUUAGACUAUACAUUAUGUUAGCGCUCUCCCUCCGCGUUCAUACCAAAUGGUGGAGCAGUUUUAGGCAUAGACAAACAACAACCUUUCUGCAAUGACAAAAAAGACGCGAGAGUGGAAGCCCAAUUGGUAUUUUUUAUUUUUAUUGCUAAACUGAAACUGGGCUCUGCUGCGGCACCGCAGGAGGACUCGAAUAUUCUGAGAGUGUCUCUUAUGGCAGGAUAAGCAUUAACAAAGUAAUUCACCUCCUCUCGUGAUUUAUUCGCUAGUUGAAAGACUGGAUAUGCCGUGUAUUCUUUGACACCCUUGCUUGCAGAUAUUCAAGUUAUCCGUGCUUUAUCAAGGCGGGAUUUUUUGUUCAGCUCAAUAUCCUGUUCAAAUAUUUUCCCCUAUCUCCUCUUGAGAGCCCGGAAAUGGGUCCUAUCCCACGUUCCCUACCCCGUAUUGCUUCUCCUUUGUCCAUCAGAGACAAAAAACUGAUAUACACCUACGGCCAGCAGCAUCAAACCAGAAAGCUCUAGGGCCACGGGGGAGAAGUACUCUCCGGAGCUAAAAUGCCCUUUGAACUCCUCACAACCAGCGUCUUGGAAACCUACGUCAAUGCUAUGAACCUUAUCUCGAGCAUGAGGACUAAAAUACCCAACAAUCCCGCAACCGCCUCGCUCUACUACCGCCAUAUCACCGAGAUCCAAUCUGCCCUUUCCGGGCUCACGGAUAUGCUGCAUGGCGCGUUCACAGACUUAAAAAGGUCUCCCGUGGGUGGAAAGAUGUGGGAACUUGCAAAAGGCUUGAUGGAUGAGGUUGUCGACAUGCUAGAGGAUUUGGAUCGUGCUAUCGAUGUGGUUGUGGAAGCGGAGAAGGAGGUUAAAAGACAAGUUGACGAGGUUACGGGAAUUGUGAGCAGGUGGAGGUCGAGGCGCCAGUUGGGGUAGCAGAUGUGGAGAGGGAGUGCUAGUGUUGGUGUCGGGUUGAUUCGGUGGCAGGUGCUUCGGUGAUGGGGUUCAUGAGUUAUUUGUUGAAAUCUCGCAUGUGCUAUCAGUUGAUUCUGCCUGAGAUUCUUUUUGAGCAGAGGUACAG